AUGUCGCUCUUUGGUGCUCCAGCAUCAAAACCUACGUUGAACUUGGGGACCAGUACUGCUACGUCGGCUCCCCUAAGCUUAGGCCAGAAUACAACGACUCAGCCACCAGCGAACACCCCCGCGACAGGCGCAUCCUCUCAGCCCCAGAUAGAUAUCGCUCACCUGCGCUCCACCACGAAAUUUGACCAGCUUACGCCCGACCUGCAGCAAGAAAUCGAGGCGGUUGACACUUUCAUCCUCAACCAGAUCAAACUCGCCUCCGAAGUCGCAGACCUUCUUCCAACCGUGGUUGCCGCAGGCGAAACGCUACCUAACGGUGUGGAUUUUGUGAGCCAGAAGCUGGACGAGGUGGAAGCUGGGUUGGGCAACGAUGCUGAAGCGAUUGUGGCCGCGAGGGACGGUGGUGUCAAAAAGAACGAAUUGGAAGCAAAAUGCGUUUUCAGAGCCAUCGACCGACUGAAGAUGCCCAGGCAAUACCAACAGGUUGCUCAUGCGCAGAAUGAAAGCCUAAAUGGCGGCGGUGUGUACGGUGGAACGGGUCUAAGCGGAUGGUGGAACAAUCCUCAGACGUUGAGGGGAAGCGUCCGGGCUGGACAUGUUCAGGGAGAUAAGAUCCAACUCCCAGGUGAAGAGGCAGAAGAAAUACAGGGUCCGAAGAACUUGGUUGAAUUAUUCAAUACGAGGACCGACGAGAUGCAGAACAUGAUCCAAGGCAACCGACAACUUCUGAGCGAAAUCGAGGAUUUCGUUCAAGGCUUGGAAGGGAAGGUCAUUGGCAAGGAGAGAGAGUUGAACGACCGACUGAACUAUGGUGAUCGAAACGGCGGGGUUGUCAGUGAAAAAGACCAUCAGAUGCAAUUGCUCCGCUUUGUAUUCGGUGAGGUGCAGAGGAGUCUUUACGACGUGGCCGACAAGGAACACAACAUUCACCUGGGGAUGAAGCUCGACAAGGACGAAAAUGGCUCUGGGACCAUCACCGCAGACAUGAUCUAG